AUGGAGCAGCAUCAGCCUGCACCGUCCUUUCUGGUGCAGCUGCUGCAUUCGGUGCCGCACAUCAACAUCACGCUGCACCGGGUCAACGAUACGUUCAAUCCGAACAGCACCGUCUACACCGAGAGCCUUGGCAUAUUGGCGUCGAUACCGGCGGCCCUGCUGAUCAUCUCGCUCGUGUUUCUGCUGCUGUAUCUGCUGACGCGCUGCUGUGACCGGAAACCACGCAAACCCAGAUCGCACGGUUGCCAAAAGUGCACUCUCAUCUUCUUCGCCAUCAUCUGCUGUGCGGCGAUCGGUCUCGGUUUGUAUGGCAACGACGAUCUGCACAAUGGUGUGCUGCAGAUCUUCGGUUCCGGGCGCAAGAUCGAGCAGCUUAUACUGAACGUGCGGAACCAGACGGAAAUGGUGAAACAUAAUCUCAAAUCAAAAGUGGUCCUGUCGGAAUUGGAACAAAUUUUCGAGCAGCCACCACACCGCCCGAACGUCACCGCUCUCUACAUGCUUCACGAUUCGGUCAAAAUGGCCAAGGACAACACGACCUUCGCGAUCAACGCCCUGGAAACGAUCGUCUAUCUCACCCGACCGGCAUACACCGACAUUACGCUGAAAAGUCUACUCGAUACGUACGAGUUCUACGAAGAACUUCGGUGGCCAAUAACGCUCGGUUUCCUGACCUUCUUGCUGUUGCUGUGCAUCAUACUGAUGAUUGGAGCGACACGAAGCUCGCGGUGCGCUCUGAUCUUCUUCAGCGUAUGUGGACUACUAGCUGUCACCGUAUGCUGGCUGCUGUCCGGAAUAUAUCUGGCCAGUGCCGUAGCGCUGGGCGACUUUUGCAUGAAACCGAACGACUUCAUCUGCAGCCAUCCCAAACUGAAGGACGUACAGUAUACGUAUUGUAGCACUGUAGGCACCAAUCGUUAUGUGCUGAGAUUGAACGAGUCGAAAGUGCACGUGGACCGUGCCAAGGAAUCUCUGGAGAUCGUCAACAGCAUCGGAAUGGAUCUAUAUCCUGGCAUCCAGAUCAGCUCGAAGGUGAACAAAAUCAAUGGGGAACUUGACGACAGCAAGCGCCAGUUGACGGCUCUUUCGGUGAUGUUGGAUCGUCGCACCGUUGCGGAACACUACUCGGAUGCUACACGAAGCCUUUGUGAAGGAGGCCUGCUUGGACUCACGCUAAUGCUGCUGGCCAGCUUAGUGUCCGCUGCCAUCCUAAGUUUACUCGUUUGCGUCGACUCGCACACAUGGAUUUAUCUUACGAAAAAACGUCCGGGAUACGAGGACAAGGCCGAAACUACUCCACUAUUUCCAGCGGGUGCGAACGCAUCGCCAACCGCACCGAUCAUUGCUUCCGGCACGAUGACGGUGAACCGAACACUGUUGCACGCCCAGACGGCCACAGGCAACGGAUCGACGGCAGUGGUUGGAGCCGGAGGAGUCGGAAACGCUUCCGGAACGCUCAUCCCGACAAGUGGCCGAAAUGGCACCACACACGGAAUGCGCGGGUUUGCAUCCUAUAGCGGCGAUGAGUCGCCACCGCCAGAUUAUAACGUUGUGGUGCAUGAUAGCAACAGAGCAUCCGGACAUCACACGCUUGGGCGGCUACCGUCCCAGCACGCUCCGAUGAUGGGCCCCAACAAUGGCAAGUACGCCACCCUUAGUAAACAAUGCAAAACCCUUGAAUCGAAUGAUUUCUACUGA